AAAUGUCAUUGUCAGUGUCAUUAGACAGCUGGAAUUAUUGUUGUUCAGUGUUCAUGUUCUUUGUCAUUUCAAGUUAUUCUAAUAGUAAUUUUUAAUAAUAAAAAACUGAUUAAGAAGGCUUACCAAAAGCUGCUAAAUAAUGACUGCCAUAACUGACAGCAGGAAACGAUCGAGGGAAGAAGAUGGAAGCGACUUCAUGCCAUUGUCGAAGAGAAUAACAAAUCUUCACAUAAAUCAGUCAUCGUCGCCAAUGCAGAGCGAAAAUGAUAUUGCUGAUUACAAUAUGAAUGUUAAUCAUCAUCAUCAGCAGCAGCAGCAGCAGCAACAGCAGCAACAACAACAUCAUCAUCAAUCGCUCCAGCAGCACCAAUCGUUACAGUUUCAAAAUCAAUUCGGAUCGUUUGGUCAAAUGCCAAGCGGUGAAUCGAAUCAAUUUAGUGAUUUUUCCAAUUUGUCCCAUCCGAUCGAUGAGCAGGAAAGACAGUAUCGUCAGUAUUUGAGUGAAUGUAAUAAUGCUAGCAGCAGUAACGGAAGUUCGUGUACAAAUGUCAGUUCAAAUGAAAAUCAUAUGGCAAGCUAUGAUCCGUACGAGCCGGAGCUGAGUCAAGAGCAAAAUCCCUUCUAUUACACCAAAAACAAAUUGCUGUACGAUCUGUAUCUGGAGCGGUUACGACGACAUCAAUGAUUCCAGAUGAUUCUUGUGUGGUAGAGAGUCAACAAAAGUGAACAAAAAAGAAGAACAGCCAAUCUAAAAAUUUAUUGUGUUAAGCGUGUGUGAGAUUGAGAAAACCAAAAUUCUUUGUCAUUGAUGGAUACAAAAUUACUUUAAAAAAAACCGAAAAAAAAAUUAUUGAAACAAAACCAUUUUGUGGCUUUUCACAAGGUGGAUUGAAUAAAAUUUAUUUCAAGCAAUUUAA